GUAACGUAGAGAAAGUCAGUCCGACGUUGGCGCCGUAACAGACGUGGUAGAGAACGCGCCUCUCUGUAAAAGUCACCCUCUUUGCCCCCGCUUGCCUCGCCCACCGAGCCGGGGUACCACCCGUGAGCGCUCUUUGCCCGAUUAAUCGCGCGGUGGUAUAUGCGAGGGGGACGAAAAAAAAAAAAUAAAAGAAAGAAAUAAGCGCGGAAGUACCCGCGCCGAUCGGCGAAACUCGCGAAAAAUAUUAAAGAAACACCCCUUGGACGUGGAGAGAAGAAAAAUCGCGUCCUAGAUCCGUAACCCAGUGGGGGAUCGAGAUUGAUCCUCGGUGUUAAUCGAGGGUGUGGGCCACGUAUUUGCGAGAUUACCAGUGAUCGACGAGCGGAUCAUCGAACGAGUCACGGUGCACGUAGUGCCUUUUUCCUUUCGUUUUUUCCAUUUUUUCACGCGGGUCACCAUCUCUAGUUUUGAUCCCGCCCCUUCCGGUUGGCACUGUCAGUUCAACUUCCGGAUCCCGCGUGGACGCUCCAAAGUGGCCGAGUGACUCUUCGCUCCCGCGGGUGCCUAUUCUCGUCCCAUUCUCGCAGAGAUCUCGGUUGCAGCAUGCUUUCGUCCUCGAGGGCUUUCCCGCCGAUACUCGCCGUGGCGCUCGUCGUCUGCAUCGGUGUCGCGCACGGUAUUAGAUGUUACAAAUGUGGACAAUACAACGAGGGAGUCGGCAGCAUUACACCGUGCAUUAAUUACACCGCACACAUGCUGAUGGAAUGCCCAUCCUCGGACGAGUGGUGCAUCAAAUACGUCAGCGAAGGAUCGACGGUGAGGGACUGCGUGCCCCAUUGCGUGGAGAAAGAGGCCUGGAGCACGAGGACGUACUGCUGCCAGCAGGAUGGCUGCAAUUCCGGCCCGUCGUUGACAGCGUCAAGCAGCACGUAUUUCGUCCUAGCGAUCUCGCUGGCGGUCCUCGUGGUGUGCCGAAGCCUUCGUGGCUAAUACGUGUCGUCCUGCAAGAUGAAGGAUUCGCGCCGCGGACGUCUCACGAAACCGCAUUCUUCAAAAAACUUCAAACAUACAAAUUUGCAUUUGGGGAGGGAGGUAGGAAGGGAACGUUGCACCCUGCAUCUCAAAUGUCAGCGCCGAGCGAUCGGGACUUCCUACGAGCGGAUAUCGCGGAGACGUCGAUAGUCGUCCUUUGAUCCUUCAAUCCUUUCGUCAGAAAGCCGAAUGAAACUUUAUGUCGUUUAUAAUCGGACAUAUCUUCCCUCUCGCAAUGAUGAUUGCCGCGUGCUUUUCGCUUUCUGAUAUGACGGUUACUGCAAACACGUUUAUUCGAAAUAAAGUUUAUAAUAAAGAAAGCGAACAUCGCAUGUCAACGCAUAAUGACGCUUGAAAAAAAGUUUUGUUGAUUUUAUCAGUUGCAUAAGACUCCAUCAUAAAAAUCAUAUUAACGCGCUUUCGUUAAACGACAGAUUGAGCAAUUUAUUAUUAAUAAACGUUGGAAUAUAAUUUCUUAAAAAAAUUAACAUUCAUAAGGUAUAUCUAAUUAUACAAUAUAUUUACUACUUAAAUUUUCAAUAUUUUAAAGAGCUCGCUAUACAUUUAUAAAAUACUUUGUGUUUCUUCGAUACGAGGAAACACAAAGUAUUUUAUAAAUGUAUAGCGAGCCCUUUUUUUAUCAGAAUUAUUUAAUAUCGAAAGAUAAAUCCAGCAUUGAGAGAAUAAUUAUUUUAUUUUCCAAGAAUUCAAUUUAUCAGGUAAAUCUGACGGAUGAGGGGGGAGUGUUUAAAAAAAUGUAAAAAGGAUUUAUAAAUAACGUACGCGUAAUUAAUGUUGUAUCACGAUUAUUCCCAGGCAUUUUCACUCUGUCUGAUUAACGAAAUGUCAUGUCUAAUCGAUUUGUGUCGUCGUCUUCCAUUUCACGCGACGGUAUCCACGUCGUACAGUCACAGCCGACUCAAUUCAACGAACGCUGAAUGCACUUCGGCUAAACUCGGCCGAGUUAAGUGACGCGGAGAAAUCGGCUCGUUAAAUCCGAUGCGUUAUCGCGCCAACUUCCCCCCCUCUCUUUCGUUCGCUCUAUUAAAUUCGCAUGCUUCCGCAUACUUUCGUGGAUCGACUGCCCUUGAUGAUAAAGUUCUCCCGAUUGGAUGAUUGAAACUUCGUUUGGCGAGUCUCGCUCUGAAUUUGGACACCUGUCUAUGGCGAACGAACCAUAAUUCACAAAAAAUCAUUAUCAAAAUCAUUAUCAACGAACUCGUUACAAAUUUUUUCUCUCCCAAUGGCAAUAAAAAGUCCAUGUGCAGAAUUUCUAGAAAAAAAAAAAAAAAAA